ACAUAUUUGCCCCUGUGUCUUCUCCUCAUCGGCGCAGGAGGAAUCCCCAAAAAUCGACCGGCCUCCGACAUGCCGCCGCGGUGGGCGGCCUCCUCUCCGACCUCCGUGCCCGUGUCUCCCAGGUGCGGGCGUGCACGCCGCCACCCGCCGGGAUCCCCUCCCUCUCGUUUUUGCCAUCCCAUCCCGCCGGGCCUGCUUGACCCCGACGCCUCCUUCCUCGAGCUCUCCCAGGUCGGAAACGCCGGCCGCCGCGCCAACCACCGGGGCUCACCCCAAGACGCCGGCGAGGCCCUCCUGCUCCAAGCACCGUGCUCCUGUGCCUUCUCCUCGUCAAGCCGCAACAUCAAGCCGCCGCCGCGGAAAGAAAGAGGCGGAAACGCCGGCCGCCGUGCCAGCCGCCGGGGCUCACCCCCAAGACGCUGCCGCCACCCAUACUCGUCGGAGCCGUCGCCGCCACCCCUCCUUGCCGGAGCCGCCGGCAGCACCAUUCUCCUGAGCCACCGAAAGGCAAGGAGAGGGAGAAUCAGUGGGAGAAGAAUGAUAGAGGAAAAAUAAACAUGUGUUCAAGUCUCCUUCAUGUGUAAUUUAUUCUAAGAUUAAUUUAUUCUUGGAUUAUACCUAAGUAUUCUAGCUUAACAUAUUGUGCUACUCUACAUUGUACUCCCUGGUACUCAGUGAAUGUUGAGCUCAGUGACUACCCAAUUUUACUCAUGUGCUGAUCA